GCAUGAAUGACACGCUCUCCACGCAUUUUUUUUUCGUAUAGACAUUGAAGUGAAGAAUAUUACAUGUAGUUUUCAUAACAAUAUCUAUUUUAAAAUGUGUAUCGGGAUGUCGGUAAACCUUUAAUAAACACAGUACAAGACAUACAUUAGAGUCCAUGAGGUUAGGGCCAUAUGGCCCCAUAGAAUAUGGCAGACGCUCUCGCGUUUCCGGAAGCAAAUCGAGCCGCUCAAGACGGUCUAUGUAUACGUGUCUAUGGCGGUAACUGCCAGUGGGAUAAAACAGCGGCAAGGGUUGCCUUCGGAACCACAAAAUGAGUGCUUUGGCAUGUCUUCUCUUUUUCAUCGUAACGAAUAAAUCAUAGACACGAAAACAAUGAUAAGUAUUUCAGGGUCCUAUACAAACAACAGCCACGGGGUGAAACGGAGACUAUAAUACCACUGAGAAGGAACACACGUCUGUCCAUUAUUUACUUCCACCAUUUUGGUUGCCAGUAAUGGAGUACAUCCGGACGCCCAAGGUGGAAAAUGUCCAUCUCCUGGACAGGUCGAAGGGCCAGAGAAAAGCCAGUGUUGGGACUCUCUACCUUUCAGCAACACAUUCAAUGUUUAUAGAGAACAACCCCGAAACUCGCAAGGAGACAUGGGUCUUACAUAGCAUGGUAAGCAGUGUGGAGAGGUUGCCCACCACACGCGCUGGUUGUCAGUUGAUCUUGCGGUGCAAAGAUUUCAGGAUCAUCCAACUUCUCAUCCAACAGGAGAAAGACUGUUUUGAUGUCCACACCUCAUUAUUGAGGUUAUCACGACCAGAAAAGUACAGUGAACUGUACUGUCUGUCCUUCAAUCCCAAUAUUAACAAGGAGGAGAGACAAGAGUCAUGGAAAUUCAUCGACCUCAUGGCUGACUACAAAAGAAUGGGCGUUCCAAAUAACCUCUGGAUUUCUUCAGCAGUCAACAGUGACUACAGGAUAUGUGAAACGUAUCCGUCAGAGGUAUUUAUUCCGAAGUCAGCCACACCUACCAUCAUUGUGGGCAGCUCAAGGUUCAGGAGCCGAGGACGAUUUCCUUCUCUGUCUUACUUUCAUCAUGACACACUGGCUGCAGUGUGCAGGUGUAGUCAACCACUCUCAGGCUUCAGUGGACGUUGUCAGGAGGAUGAAUUGAUGCUGCAAGCUGUGAUGAAAUCCAACCCUGGAAGCCCCUACAUUUAUGUGGUGGAUACAAGGCCCAAGCUGAAUGCAAUGGCAAACAGAGCUGCUGGUAAAGGCUAUGAGAAUGAGGACCAUUACACCAACAUCAAGCUUCACUUCAUUGGCAUAGAAAAUAUUCAUGUGAUGAGGAACAGUCAACAGAAAAUGAUUGAUGUGGGUGAAAUGCGAUCUUCAUCAAUGACUGACUUCCUUUGGGGUCUGGAAAACUCCGGUUGGCUGAAACACAUUAAAGCUAUUCUAGAUUCUGGAGUCUUCAUUGCUCGGGCGGUGGCUGAUGAAGGGGUCAGUGUGUUGGUCCACUGUUCAGAUGGCUGGGAUCGGACGGCUCAGGCAUGUUCUGUAGCCAGUGUGCUGUUGGACCCAUUUUAUCGAACCAUCAAAGGAAUGAUGGCUUUGAUUGAAAGAGACUGGGUUUCGUUUGGUCACAAAUUCUCCCACAGGUAUGCCCACUUGGAUGGUGAUCCUAAAGAGGUGUCUCCAGUUAUUGAUCAGUUCUUGGAAUGUGUGUGGCAGCUGUCUCAGCAGUUUCCAUGUGCCUUUGAGUUUAAUGAGUGCUUCCUUAUUGCUAUACACACACACGUCUACUCCUGCCAUUAUGGGACUUUCCUGGGCAACUGUGAGAAGGAACGCAAGGAUAUGAGGCUUCACGAGCGGAGUCAUUCUGUGUGGCCUCAACUGUGGAACGAGAGAGUGGACUUUACCAAUCCAUUGUACAAGGCCGAGCAGAGUCAGUGUCAGGGUGUCCUGAAACCCAACACGACCCCCUACUGUUUUAAAAUGUGGAAGGGACUUUACAACCAUGUGGAGCGGUCGACACCACCUUACCAGUCACCUGCAGAUUUCCUGUCUACACUGAAGGAGGAGACCCAGCAGCUGGAGGAGGAACUGACCAAUCACCAGGAGAGGAUAACUGUUCUGACAGGGAAGCCAAUAAUGUGGGAGGAAGUUGUGGUUAAAAGAACUCAGCACAUGCAGCAAAGACACUGGCCUGGACCGAACCACUAUAUACGCAAUCCCAUUCACCAACCCUGCACAGGACCACAGGAAGUUUGGACUGGCCAUUCAGAAUGCUAGGGUGAAGGACCCACCUUUCAGUCUGUCAGUCAGUCAGUCUAGGCCAGCCCCUUCAAGUCAAGCACCUCAACACAGAUGACAUCUCUAUCAGCAGCGACCUGGUGUCAGACGUGGGUGACCUCAGCAACUGACAGUCCAGCGCUGGGGAAGAGGGCAAGGAGACGGAAAAGUUACACUUCACUACUGGCUAACUCAUAACUUGGAAAAAAAAAAUAGAAGACUACAAAACUACUAUGUUAGCAUUUUAUGUUUCAUCAUAUUUGAGACCAGAAUGGCUUUAUUUAUAUACAAAAAAGUUGCGUGCUGACUCACUAUCAUUUUAACUUAUGUAAUGCACUUUUAGUAUGGGGCUGUAAAACAUUUGAUGUAAACAGACUGAAAUAUAGCAUGACACAAACCUUUCUUACAAUAUGAUUAGGAAGCUGCUGCUCCAUUAAUGGGUGAAUCGGUAAUCAUGUUAUAGUGAAGUCGUAUAAGUUAUAAGGGCCUUCUGUGGUGGGAAAUAAGAGCCCGAAGUCAGACUUGCGUUUGGUUAUCAUAGUCUACAUCUAAACAACACAGCAAGAGGUAAAAUUAAUGUCAAACAUUUGUCAUGUAGUUUUAACAUUUGAAAGAUAUUGUGCUGGGAAUUUGGUUGUAUAGAUGACAAAUCAAGAUAUUUUACUGUCAUGUAACCUGUAGGAAUCACUGUCACUGAACUAGAAGGGAUAUGCUUAUAAAACAUGAAGUGUUAUUUUGAAUGCAAAUACUUUGACGAAACAUUGAACAGCAUCAAAAUAUAUUUACAUCAACAGAUGAUCAUAAUCAUGUCCCCCCAUGUCAUUUUGUGCAAUAUAAUUUAUUUGUUAUCUCUUUGUACUGAGUAACAUUCUCACAUUGUACUGUGAUUCAACACUUCAGUACAUACUCUAAAGAUUAACUCAUCUUUAGCCUGUCUUCUGUUGUUUCCCCCAUUUCCUGAAUUCAGAUUUCAGUUCUGUAAACCUGCUAUCUGUACUGUUUUAAUGGAUGGAUUUUUGUUUUCUUUUUGACUGACACAGGACAUCUAUCAUUUAACUCCAAAUGAGCAUGCUGCUUAACUGCAGGUGGGUAGACAAUUUAGAAAGUGCUGUUGUGCUCUCCAAACAUAUGCUGAGUAGCAUUACAAAGCUGGUAUAAUAGUUGGACCAACUUGGAAGCAGUGUUUUAUGUCCAUGCUAUCAGGAGCCAGAAGAGGCUAUACAGUACUGUUCAGGCACACCUGAUCUGUUGACCCUAAUUUCCCAACAUAACGUUUCAGAUCAAUAGUGUGAACCAAAUACAUACACUUGAAAUUUUAGAUGGUGAAACCUAAAUGUGGUCCAGCAAAAUUUCAUAUUGUGUAAAGUGAGGAAUAGCUGCUCACUGCCAUUUUCUUCUUACACAUGGAGCCUGAUGUGUAUUUGUUCUGUAUUAAUACUAAAUCAAUAAAGGUUCUCUUCCAGGUGGCAACACUCUGGGUCUCACAUGUUAAACUCAAAUAUAAAAGAUGUUACAUUCUGUUUAAUGUAACAAAGUUAAUAUAUAUUGUUAAUUCAAAACAGAAGUGAUCUUAAGAUAUUUUACACAUGAAGCAAGUCUAGAACUAUGCUAAACACAUUAAAAAAUUAAGUGAACCCACAAAAGCAAGCAGUAAAGCAAGAAAAAA